GUGUUGCAUUCUAUACAUUAGCAUUUAUUAUUAGUUAUGGCAAUAAUUAUGGCCUUGCGCGAGUAGAUCAGAGAAAAAUAAAAAAAAAUCAUGAAAAGAAAUGGCAGUUACUAGAGAGAAAGAAAAUUGUUCAAGAAAAAUUAAUGGAAAUAUUCCUGCAUUAUCUCUCAAUAGUGAUAAUAUGUCGACAUCCACGGAUAGUGACGACAUAGCGGACCCAACAUAUGAAAUUAGGAACAUUCAAAGUAUUAUAAACGUGACUCGUGAAAACAUUGAUGCUCUAAAUGCUAAAUUCGCUGGUUUCCAACAUCCACCGUCUCUUUAUCUUUCGGAAUACCAAGAAUUAACUUCAAAGUUACAUAAUUUGGAGCUUAGGGAGCGGACUCUGCGUGAGUUAUUGCAGUCUGAAUCGCCGGAUAGGAGUGAAGAGUGUUCGUUGCAGGAUGAUUCUAAAAAGUAUGAUACGCUUACACGUCAACCAAAGGUGUUCCUCAGAGCACACUUGCCUAACCAGCAGCGCACCAGCGUGCAGGUUAAAGAAGGGGUGACGCUGCGUGAGGCGCUCUCAAAGGCGCUGAAACUCCGCAACUUGACUUGUGAAAUGUGUGAAGUGGUGAGGACAGGCAAUAAUCAAGUGAUACCAUGGGAGAUGGAUAUUACUAUGAUCGAUGCAGAGGAGGUGACAGUAAGAACACUGGACAAACUGCCGAUAAUGUCGCACAUAUCGCACCAGUACACAAGGAAGACGUUCUUCACGCUCGCGUUCUGCGAGUGCUGCAGGCGGUUGCUGUUCAACGGCUUUUACUGCUCGCAGUGCAACUUCAAGUUCCACCAGCGCUGCGCCGACAAAGUGCCUAGCAUUUGUCAUCAGGUGCGAAUGACGGACACAUAUUACGCGGCGUUGCUCGCUCAGAACCCAGAGACUCAGGCCGGCAUCCUGCACUUCCCCCCGCACUUUGGGUACCAUCACAUGAUGAACAGAAAUGAGCAGAACAAGCAACAGCAUCCGCGCUCGUUGAAUCAGCAGGACAGGUCCAAUUCCGCGCCCAACGUGUGCAUCAACAUGGUGCAGCGGCCCAUGACCCUCGCCGAGCACCAGCGGAAGUACAACCAGAAUCAGUGCACGAGCUCGCCGCAGACGUCGCACUACCUGUCGAUGUCGCGGGGCGCGGGCGGCGGCGCGGCGGGCGGGGCGGCGGGCGGCGCGGCGGGGGGCGGCGCGGGGGGCGCGGGGGGCGGCGAGCCGCACAGCCAGAGCACGCAGGCGUCGCCCACCGGCACGCUGCGGCCGCGGCGGCCGCGUGCUCGCUCCGCCGACGAGUCCUGGAAGAACGCGCUGUCGCCGCGCGAGAGCUACGACGACUGGGUCAUACACGCCGACGAGAUCCUCAUCGGCGCCCGGAUAGGUUCGGGCAGUUUCGGGACAGUGUACAAGGCGCACUGGCACGGCCCGGUGGCCGUCAAGACGCUCAAUGUCAAGACGCCCACGCCCGCGCAACUGCAGGCGUUCAAGAAUGAGGUGGCGGUCCUGCGCAAGACGCGGCACUCGAACAUCCUGCUGUUCAUGGGGUGCGUGUCGAAGCCGUCGCUGGCGAUCGUGACGCAGUGGUGCGAGGGCUCGUCGCUGUACCAGCACCUGCACGUGCUGGAGACGCCGUUCCCCAUGCUGUACCUGAUCGAUGUCGCGCGACAGACUGCGCAGGGCAUGGACUACUUGCACGCCAAGAACAUUAUACACAGGGACCUGAAAUCAAAUAAUAUUUUCCUGAGGGACGACUGGUCUGUCAAAAUUGGUGAUUUUGGACUGGCGACAGCAAAGGUCCGGUGGUCAGACACGUCGACUGCAGGUGGCGUGGUGUGGCAGCAGCCGACAGGCUCGAUCCUGUGGAUGGCGCCGGAGGUGAUCCGCAUGGACGAGCCGGCGCCGUACACGUUCCGCUCCGACGUGUACGCGUACGGCAUCGUGCUGUACGAGCUCAUGGCCGGCGAGCUGCCCUAUGCGCACCUCAACAACAAGGAUCAGAUCCUGUGGCUGGUGGGGCGCGGGCUGCUGCGGCCGGACGCUCGGCGGCUGCGGGCCGACGCCCCGCAGGCGCUGAAGCGGCUGUCGGACGACUGCACGAAGUUCGACCGCGAGCAGCGGCCGCAGUUCCGGCAGAUCCUCACGUCGCUGGAGAGCAUGCUGCGCGCCAUGCCCAAGAUCACGCGCAGCGCCAGCGAGCCCACGCUCAGCCGCCACCUGCACGCGUCCGACGACUGCCUCGCCUACAGCUGCGCCUCGCCCAAGACUCCAGUCAAUUUCCAAUUCAACACCGACACCAGCUUCCCCGCAUUCUAUGGAAUCCCAGUACCGAACCAACGGCAUCCCUAGGGCUUACUGAAGGGCUACGACUAGCCCGCCGCGUCGCCUGCCCGUCGCCCGUUCGUCGCCCGCCCGUCGCUCGAAUGUCGCCUAAGCAACUUACCUCAAAGAGGUUCCCGGUCGUAUUAGUCUCGUCUGUCUUAAAUACAUUUUAUUCUAAACGUUCAGAAUGUAAUCAUCUGCUCAUGUUGCUCUUGCUGUAUUUGAGAAAUUAAAAAAAAAAUUACCCACUGCCAAACAAGAAGGGUAAAUUUGACCCAACAUGUAGCCUAUACGGUUACAUAGAUUUUAAUGAAGCCGCUAUAUGUGACAGUAUAAAACAAAUAUGGCCGCCAUAAACUGGCAAAGUAAUAAUAAAAAGUCUUAACAGUCAUCCUACGCAAGUGGCAGACGAAUGUCCGUCUCGUUCUAUCUCAAGCGUGCGGUAGCGAUAAUGUGUAUACAUAUCGUCAUAGUCGUAGAAUACUGACGGAUCUUUAUAUGUAAUCUUUGUCAGAUCCGUCAGUAUUCUACAACUAUGACGGUAUGUCGGUAUCUUAGUUUGCUGCUUGUGUAGGGGCAAGUUUUUUUAGACUUUGCCAUAUGGAAUAACGUUUUCAAAUUGGGUCAAAUGUAAUAUUGUGAAGUGGGGCAGUUCCUCGAAUAGAAUUGUAACGGCGCGUUCCACUGGCUUGUUCAGUUCUGAAGACAUGAGUUUCAUACUUGAACAUUGUUGACUCUGUCAAUUACUUCACAUUAGCCCUCCGACCGUGUAUUUUUUUUUUCACAACAAUCGAGGCUGAAGUUGGCGGUAUGCACUAUGCAUUUAUUGUUUUUAUUGUUUUUUUUUUAUGAUUAUUUUACUUGACUGCGACCUGCAACCGUGAAUUUUAGCUAAUUUCUUUCAUAGUUGGGCAAUCCCAAACGACUGUCGUCGACCAAUCAUAUUUUCUUUUCCAGCUGAAACUGUUUAGAAAUAGUUUAAGAUUAAUUUUUUUUUUGUUAAAAAUAUGGCUGUAGCUAGCUACAGCCCCCCCCCCCGUACCCUAGGGUAAGGGGGGGGGGGCAUUACAGGCCAUACUUUAAGACUUUGUCUUAAAAGGCGCGAUGCCUUACCAUAAAAUGAAAGGACCCAGAAAAUUUGAUUCGCUUUUUCGAAGUCACUUAAUUAUGGCUUAUGCCCUCCCUACCUUAAACUUGGCUCUAGCUGCAGCCCUGUACGAACAUUAUCUCAAUAUACAGAAUGCGAGGGACCGUUUUUGAAGUUGCAGUACUUCGAAGUACGCGAGUGCUAGUUCUUUGUUUCUUGAUAUUCGUUUUGUUUGUAUUAUUAUACAACACGAUGUGACGGGGAAUGUCUUGUAAUUUCUAUGAAAGUAUGAUAAGACUGCAUCUAGUGAAGGACUUGUAUGGUGAUAUUUUAAUAAGCAGAUCUAAAUUGAUACUCGAUUUUUUUUUGUUUUAUACCACUGAGGUGGCAAACAAGCAUACGGCCCACCUGAUGGUAAGUGGUUACCGUAGCCUAUGUGAAAAUGUGAAAAAUACUCCAUUUUCCGCGCUUAGCCUCUCACUUGGGCCACUGUGCAUAUGAGUCGUGGCUAGUGCAGCCAACCUAGCUCCGCCCAGAAGCGCAGAAGCUUCCUGGGUUCAAAUUUACCGUAGCCUAUGAACACCUGCAAUACCAGAGGUAUUACGCGUGCGUUGCCGACCCUGAAGAAACCUCUUUACACCUUUCUUUUUGAAGAACCCCACGCUGUAGUCUCUUGGAAAAACCUCGGCAGGGAGCUCAUUCCACAACCUGAUUGUAUCACUUAUAGUGUUUUCUGGUACUGUCAGUGAUGCUGUAAAUUGUUAUAUGGACCGAGCAAUGGUAAAAUGACUCUUUAAAAGUUUUUUUUUUUUUAAUUACAGGCGAAUUAGCGUUUUAAAUAUUGACUGUACUAUAAUCAUACGAAUUUACCCUUAUGAUGUAUUUUUGAAUGACAGUGAAAUAAUUACAUACAUACAUACAUAUCUGUCACGCUUACCUCCCAUUACGGUAGGCAGAAACAAUGGAACGCCAAAUGCUUCGAUUCAAACAGACCUCUUUCGCUUCCUCCACAUUCAUCAAUCUUUUCAUACACGCUCGCCGGUUACGGGCACUUUUAAUUUGGCCCCUCUUCAGCACGUCGCCUAUUUGUUUAACAUACGUCCGUCUAGGGCGGCCCCUACCGACAUCUCCAUUCAUUCUUGCUCGAUAAAUCUCUUUCGUUAUUCUUUCAUCCAUCCUCUCCAAAUGGCCAAACCAAUGCAACAUUCCUUUUCGAUUUUUGUCCUACAUCGUCAUGGUGAAUCCUCUUUCUUUGACAGCGUAGACUGGAGACAUCCAUUCGAGUUUUUUUUUAAUGGGUGAAAAUAGAAUGGUAACUCCGUCCAUGCUAUCGGUAUACGCCGACGGGGCACCAGUGGAAGAUGAUAGGUGAGGAUGAAGCAGGUCAGUUGGUCCACCAUGAUGAAUUCGACAAGAAUUAACCAUGAUGAUUUCCAGGGGGAACCGCGUGGAGGUCAACCUGAGAAGGUAUAUUGCUAGCAAUGGGGCUGUAAGACCUCAUUACUAACAAUCCCUUACCCCCACAUUCAUUAGAGGGGUUGAGGUCAAAUCGCAGCGGGCGGCAGGGAGUGUCCAUACUGUGCUCUAAAGACAAUUUUUACCCGAACUUUGACACAAUGAUCAAUUGAUUAGAAGAAGCCAGUCUGCAGUUUCACUGUCAGAUUAGGAAAACCCAGGAUUGGGGUUCCGAAACUUUAUCACGAGUAUAAGACCAAUAAUGUCCAAGUCGAUACAACUAUUAUGUAUGUUUAUUGUAACAUAGAUGCGGUCACGUCUCUAACAAUUGUAUAUUUUGGACUGUAAAAUAUUGUACAUUUGGUCUACCCUUAUUUAUAAUAUAGGCGUUAUGUUUUAGCUCGCUCUGACCACUCACAUAAUAGAUACUGUACUAUAACAGAGUACUCGGAAUACAAGAGAGACCAGAAGGUAUGGACGUAUGCCAAUUUUUUUGCAUGAAUUUGAAAACAAUAUAAUAACAAAUACCUUAAAUACUUAAACGUGAAUUUAAUUACUUAAUACGUGAAUAUCCUCUGUUGAUUUCAAAAAAGUAGGUGGUUCUUGAUUCAGCUGUGUGUUUAUUUUUAAUGUUUGUAACUUCUUACUUCUAUUAUUUAUAUAUAUUAUAUAUUCUAUUAUUUAUAUAUUUAUAUUUAUUUGGAAAAUUCGUUUUUUUUUUAUCUGAAAGUAUAUACUUUUAGUUUGACCCCAUAGAAAUGUUAUCAAAAUCGGUUUCAUAGAUUUUAAAUGAAAUAUCUGAUUUUGCCACAAUAAUGUUCUUUUAUUGAACAAAAUUUUAUGUUAUUUACUUUAAUUCCUUGCAAAUUCAGAACUGUCACAUUUAUUAUUAACGUUUAAAAUGUUUGGACAUGUUAUUUUAUUAUAUUAUAUUAUAACAUACUAAAAAAAUAUUUUAUCAUAACUUAUGUAAUGACUGUUGCACGUCAGUAAUGACAAAAUGUGUGAAACCAUUGUAAUAUUACCAUAUGACCUUAUUGUACCAAUUUUUUUGCAAUAAAAUUCAUUCAUUCAAAUCUCAGUUGUGGUAAAACCAGUAAUUUUGAUUUAAAAACUAAACUACUGAAAUAAAUUUGAUAAAAUUUCUGUAAGAUCAAUCUGUAAGGAUAUUCUUUUAGAUAAAAAAAAAAAUCCAAAUCGGUUUGUAACUAACGGAGUUAUGAGGUAACAACAUGACAGUAAAAAAAUACAGCUGAAUUGAGAAUCUCUAUUUUUGAAGUCGGUUGAAAACAAAAUUAUAAAUAUAUAUAUAUAUAUAUAUAUAUAUAUAUAUAUAUAUAUAUAUAUAUAUAUAUAUAUAUAUAUAUAUAUAUAUAUAUAUAUACACAUACACAUAUGCUAUAUACAAAAUUAUAUUAUGCAAAUACCACGCGAGCGUAAAGUGCAAGAUAAUCAUUAUCAAUAAUUACUAGUACCGCAUUCGAGUAUUCUGACACUUGCCUAUGGUUGACUGGGAGAGAAUGCUUUUAGCAUUAAGUCCGCCAUGUACACAUAUAUGUACUAAAGAAUAAAUAAAUAAAUCAUCAAUAAAAAAAUAUACAUUCCUUCUGAUAUCUUUCGUAUUCCGAGACCAAAUCAUAAAAUACGAGGCGUUGAAAUUACAUACGGUGCAGUAAUGUAAUGUAUAGUUUACAGUAUUUAAGAAAAAAAAAAAUGUUUUUAAAAUUUAAUUUUGAUCAUUCUUGUAAAUGCAUUUUAAACAUUUUGAAAUGGUGUGUAAUGAUAAUGAAGUUUUCCUCGACAAAUUGCCUAUUUUUUAUAGCAAGUUACGUAUAAUAUUCUGUACAUGAAAAAAAAAAUAUAUACAAUAUGCAUGUGUUUGAAAGUAUUAUUUAAAAAAUAAUAUUGCGGUAGGCAUAUUUGGCCCAUUUAUUAUGUGGUAGACUCGUCUUGUUGUUCUUGAUCCGUGAUGGAGACAGAAUAGGUGUUACUUACUAUUCAUACUCAGGGUUUCGUAAAAGACGACUGGAAUAAGACACUAUACACCAGACGACCUCAGUGGCGUAGUGGUGGGGAAUGAUGCAUUGCUUAAAUCAGGUCCCGGCUUCGAUUCACUGUUAGGUCAGUUUAGGGAAUGAGUUUUUUUUUUAAUUGUGUCAGGCCUGGGUAUUCUGGGGGUAUGACCAUACUUUCGUUGUUUGGUCCUUUAUAAUAUAUUGUAGCCUAGCUUGAGAACUAGGCCACGGAUGUGAUUGUAUGGUACUUAUUGUAAUUACUAGUACAAGAAGAGUAAAACAAAACCUUAUAUCAAUCCGUGGACUAUGUCCAGCAGUGGACAUAAUGGGUUAGCAAGGAAACGCGUAUCUCCGAUCAGAGCAAUGAAUAUUUGCUAAGAAGUUUACCUUAACCUAGAUCAGUUAUUCCAUUUUUAAACUGUGAAGACCUUUCCCAUAUCUUCCAUCUCAUUUUAACCCCAACCGGCAUAACCAAUGAUAUCUCUAAGCGAAGGUAAAGCCAAUUAAAAAAAAAAAAUCUAAUAUUUUUUUUACGGCAAGCUAAACAGCGACUGAUUUCACGAGCGCUAUGACGCUCGUGGCACUUUUAGUUGCAAUGCGCACGAGCGUGAUGGCGCUCGUCGGCACUCAAAGGGUUAAGGUCGUUUUCCAGGCGUGACCUCUUAUAAAGACGUAUAACUUUUAGACAAGUCUUAGUAAAGCAGCGCUUGUAUUCAGGGGUGAGCUCCGGACGAUUCCGCCCCUGCCCUAUCUAUGUACGUCACAGAGUGGUCUGGUGUGGAAGGAACAUUACAAUUUUACAAUUGCGUGGGGUCAAAUAUGCCGUAGCCGUUAGGAGGUCGUGUCAUGACACCACUAUCCGUGUAAUUUAUUUGUAAUUGUAAAUAAUUAAUUAUAAUGAGUAGUUUAAUAUCGAACGAUUAAGGAUCUUGCGUGUACAGUAUAGUUAAUUUUAAUGCAUAACUAUUGACUCUUAAGGAACACAAUAAAUUAUUGUUUCAAUUUAAAA